UGCGUGCUGCUGCUGUGCUGCACUGUACUGCUUACUCUCAUUUAUUCUUUCGGUGUAGCUAGUGGCCAUAGAAGCUUAGGCUGUGAAAGCUUACAUAAGAAUCCAGUGGAUUGGUGUAUUCAGCAGACACAAUUUGACGGAAAGAGUGGCAGUCAUGUCAACAGUGGAUAAGAAAGAGCAAGAAGCCACGGCCUUACCACCUGAAACCACGAGACUUCAGAACUUCCUACGCAUUGAAGACCCCAGUGCCGUACAAGAUGUCCACUUCAUCGGUGAGGUGCAAGAUGACUUGUAUUCCAAGUAUAUAUUUGAUGAGUCAAAGUCCGGCAAGUGGAUGAUAUUCGUGAAGCAUGACGCUAUGUUUUCCAUGUGGAAGAAGUCCUGCAAUUUGUACAGAGAAGGGAAACUGGAAGGAAUACAUUCGAUGAAAGUGUCUACUUCCAAGCCUAGCCCUCGCACUACGGUUGACGGUACAGGAGUGAUCAUCUUCUACUGCGGCCCUUGCGACGACCAAGAGUUGAUGAUGCGUUAUGGUAGGAACCUCGUCACGGUCCUGCAAUUCUUCAACAGUAAAGGCGCUAUCCCUUACAAGAGCGACGCGCAGACGGCUCUUGGAACUAGAGCAACUGGCUGCAAGGUUAACUCCAUGUACUGGCUGCGGGUGCCUCGUACACGUGACGAAUGGAAGCAACACGAGGGAAAGAACUUCUGGAGCAGGGACCGCGGAAUUUCUUCUUCCUCGGGAAACUGGCGAUCAGAGCUAACCAGAAGCGAUCGAGAAUCAUGGAGGUCACCAGGAAAAUAUAAAGACCUAGAGAAGUCAACUCGAAUUGAUCAGGCCUCCUGGAGGUCGCCUGUAAACGAUCGAACCUCGUGGAGAUCUACUCGAAAUGAUCAAACCUCGUGUAAAGCUACCGGAAAUGAUCGGACUUCGAACAGAUCGACUGGAAAUGAUCGAAUUUCCUGCAAAUCUACCGGAAAUGCUCAAACCUCGUGGAGAUCUACUGGAAAUAAUCGGACCUCGCUAUCCUGCCUGUCGACAGAACUUACAGACCUCCAGAUUUGACACUCGCUGGUUGACAGAUC